AUGUCGAUUUUCGAUGAUUUAAAAUCUGCAGCAAAUGGGGCAAAAUCUCAACUUCAGACUGUGACUUCCAUGCAAGGAGCUAUGAUGGAAUAUGAAGGCCAUUUUGAGCUUGGAUUUGGUCAACCCUUGAUUUGUGGAAAAUAUCCACUUGCAGAGCAGUGUUAUGGAGUAUACUCAACUUAUGGACCCCAAGCUGAGGGCCGCGUCAUGCUACUACCAUUGAAUAUGACUACAGAUGAAGGGCCAAUAUUUGUCAAUGCCAAGCAGUACCGUGGAAUUAUGAGGCGCAGACAAUCCCGUGCCAAGGCAGAAAUGGAGAAUAAGGUGCUCAAACCUCGUAAGCAAUAUCUGCACCUGUCCCGUCAUCUCCACGCAAUGCGCCGUCCAAGAGGCAACGGUGGGCGAUUCCUCAACACAAAGAAGGAUGGCAUUCAGGAUAAUACUGACAUGAACAAGACUUACGAAACACAACUUCCACAGCCCACUGGAUCCCAGAUUUCCGAGGUUCUUCAAUCUAAUGGAGGAAACUCGACUUCAUCGAAGGACAGCAGAUCAACAAAUCCAGGUUCAGAAGUUUUCCGUAAACUAUUUCCCAUGGGCAGUCUUCAUUCCUUUCAAUUUAAUCAUCUCCACCCUUCAUUUCAGCCCCCGUCGAAUAUGGCGAACGCUGGCCAUGGCAUUGUCAUGGACAGUAAGUGGAUUUGAAGGCAAUCUGAAGGGUUAUGUGUGUGCCGCUGGCACAACAUAUAUACCCUCUCUUCGUCUGCAAUCAUUUUAUGUGGUUGCUAGGCAACUCAUUCUUGGCUAUUUGCGUGUUCACGUAAAAGAUAGAUAAAAUCUCUCUAUACAAGUUUGUGAUAUAUGGAUAUGAUCCCGUUUCUUCCCAAAUUAGAUGUAUCAGAAAAAGCUUGGAUUGUCAGUUCCUGAUGAUGCUGCGCUGUGCUGAAAUUCUGUCUGGUGAUUGUAUUUGAAAAUUUGAGCACUUCAGUACUCUUUGUAUAAUAACUAGAAUUGUAUUCUCAAAUAAUGGUAGAUUUGAGUGUGUUAAAUCUAUUUCACAUUUCUAAUUUAUCGGAUGGAAACUUUUGUGCGAA